AUGACAUCUGUCUUUAAAAGAUACGCAUUGACCUUCGGUCGCUCUCCCAUCUCCCACUUCAAGAACCUCACCAAGGCUCUUGGAGGUAAUGUGGAGAUCUAUGCAAAGAGAGAAGAUUGUAACUCAGGAUUAGCAUUUGGUGGAAACAAAUUGAGAAAAUUAGAAUACAUCGUUCCAGAAAUCUUGGACGGUGGAUACGACACUUUGGUUUCCAUUGGAGGUAUCCAAUCCAAUCAGACCAGAAUGGUUGCAGCUACUGCUGCUCAUCUUGGGCUCGAUUGUGUUUUGGUCCAGGAAAACUGGGUUCCGAUCCCUGAAAAAGAGGUAGAUAACUACGAUAAGGUUGGAAACAUCGAGUUGUCGCGUAUCAUGGGCGCAGAUGUUAAGUUGGUCCCAGAUGGAUUUGACAUUGGUAUCAGAAAAUCUUACAUUGACACUUUGCAAGAGCUCAAGGACAAAGGAAAGAAGCCAUACGCUAUUCCUGCUGGAUGCUCCGAGCACCCAUACGGAGGGUUAGGAUUUGUUAAUUUUGCCGAUGAGGUUGUUGCACAGGAGAAAGAAUUGGGUAUCACUUUUGACAAGAUCGUGGUGUGCUGUGUGACUGGAUCAUCAUACGCUGGUAUUCUUGUUGGAUUUGCUCAAUACGGAAGAGAGAAAGAUGUUAUUGCCAUUGACGCAUCGUUUACUCCAGAGAAGACCAAGGCUCAAGCAUUGAAGAUUGCUCAGAACACCGCUAAAUUGAUCAAGUUAGACAAGGAAUUGACCGAGGAACACAUCAACUUGGACGAGAGAUUUGCACAUCCAUGCUACGGUAUUCCCAAUGAGGGCACGUUGGAAGCUAUCAAGUUGACGGGCCAGACCGAGGGUGUACUUACUGAUCCAGUGUACGAGGGUAAGUCUAUGCAAGGAUUGAUUCAGUUGGUUAGAGAGGGAGCUUUUGCCGAGGGUUCUAAUGUGUUGUAUGUUCAUUUGGGAGGAGCUCCGGUGUUAUCGGCAUACCUGAGUUACUUCUCGUAG